ACGAUUACUGACAUUUAAUCAUACUGCAAGCUUUUCUCCUGCUUGUUUCCACUCUCACUGCGUGAUUACUGUGUGUCUUUCCGUUGGCUGUGUGGAUAUGGUGUUUGAUGCUGAUUUUGAUGGUGGAUUGCGCCUCAAUUCCGGCUCGGCGGCGGACGACGGUGGUAUUACAUCGGCGCUUUUGCGAGACGAGGUAAUGGUGGUUGCUGCGGAGUCAAACGACGCCGCUUUGAGCUCUUCUAAGGAUUCUGUGAUUGUUGAGAUUUCCGAUACCGCCCAUCAAAUUAGCCAAGAUUCAUGGUUACAGGUGGGAUUUGUGCUUACAACGGGGAUAAACAGUGCCUAUGUGCUGGGAUACUCUGGCACGAUCAUGGUUCCGUUGGGUUGGGUUGGUGGCGUGGUCGGACUAAUUUUGGCAACAGCGAUAUCUUUGUAUGCGAAUAUGUUGGUAGCUAAGCUUCACGAAUAUGGAGGAAAGAGGCAUAUCAGAUAUAGAGACCUUGCAGGAUUCAUCUACGGUGACGAAGCCUAUACUAUUACGUGGGCGCUGCAGUAUGUUAAUCUCUUCAUGAUCAAUGUGGGAUUCAUCAUUUUAGCUGGCAGUGCCCUUAAGGCUCUUUUCGCACUCUUCCAAGAAGAGUCGGGUAUGAAGCUUCCAUACUGCAUUGCGAUUGCUGGCUUCGCGUGUAUCCUUUUUGCAAUUGCCGUACCCCAUUUAUCAGCACUACGAGCAUGGCUGGUAUUUUCGACAGUUCUUAGUCUGGUGUACAUUGUCACCGCAAUUGGACUAGCUCUAAAAGAUGGCAUCGAAGCUCCUCCCCGAGACUACGGCAUUCACGGAACGACGACAAACAAAAUUUUCACUACCAUCGGUGCAUCAGCAAACCUCGUUUUUGCAUUCAAUACCGGAAUGCUUCCAGAAAUACAGGCUACAGUGAAGCAGCCAGUUGUCGACAACAUGUUGAAAGCUCUGUAUUUCCAAUUCACAGUUGGUGUUCUGCCAAUGUACGCCGUUACCUUCAUUGGUUACUGGGCAUAUGGAUCGGAGGCAUCGGCCUACUUGCUGCACAACGUCCACGGCCCAGUCUGGUUGAAGGCCGCGGCCAACAUCUCAGCUUUCCUACAUACGAUCAUUGCUUUGCACAUCUUUGCAAGUCCAAUGUACGAAUAUUUGGAUACGAAGUACAAUCUGAAAGGAAGCGCCCUAGCAGCACGCAACCUGUCGUUCAGAGUUGUGGUGAGAGGCGGCUACUUGGGCAUAACGACCUUCGUCUCAGCAAUGCUGCCGUUCCUGGGAGACUUCAUGAGCCUCACGGGAGCGCUGAGCACGUUCCCUCUGACGUUCAUUCUGGCGAACCACAUGUAUAUGAUGGCGCGGAAGCACAAGCUGACGUCGCUGCAGAAGAACUGGCAUUGGCUCAACAUCCUCUUCUUCGAAGGCAUGGCUCUUGCAGCCGCGAUUGCUGCGCUGAGGCUCAUUGCUGUUGAUUCGAGUAACUACCAUCUCUUUGCUGAUUUGUAGGUUUAUAUUUAUUCGAGGGUAGUUUUUUGCCCCUCCAUCUUUUUUAAUUGCAAUUGAAAUGUCCAUUUUAGUUUAAAUGUAAUUGAAUAAUAGGUAUUGUAUGAACUUACAUUUGGAUGUAAAUAUCUAUAUCAAUGGAGAAGCCAUCUUGUAGAAUUA